CUCAUUUCUUUCUCGCCUUCUGGCUUUUUUUUUUUUGCCUCUUCUCUCUCCGCCUCUAGGUUAAUUUCCAGUUUAGUUGUUCAAUAUUCUAGGCAGUUGUUCCUCCGCCUCUUCUCCUUCCCCUUAACCGCUGCUAUCUGCGACAUCCCGCUUAAUUGUCCCUCCCCACUCCCCUCUCUCUCCUCCUCUCUCUUCCCCCCCCUGCACCGCCCGACUUGAUUUCUCCUCUUGCCUUCUCCUCCCUUUUGACCAUCAACUCAUCCCGCCUUCGGGUCUAUAACUUUCUCUUAACUCUCCCCUCCUCUUCCUUUCCCCCAAACCCUCUUCAUCCACCAUCACCUUCACAAUGGCGGCUCCGUCCAAGUACGAUGACUAUGACUUCCCGACCACUGCGCCGGAAGACCAACCCGGUCACCCUGGCCACACCACCCCCGAGCAGGAUGCGAAGGUAGAGCAGCUCCGGGCCGAGCUGGAACAGCUUGGCUACACCGAGAGGCUGGAUACUCUGACGCUGUUGCGUUUCCUGAGAGCCCGAAAGUUUGAUGUCGCUGCUGCCAAGACCAUGUUCGUCGACUGCGAGAAGUGGCGGAAGGAGUUCGGCACUGAUGAGCUCGUCCGUACUUUCGAGUACCCCGAGAAGGCCAAGGUCUUCGAAUACUACCCCCAGUACUACCACAAAACGGACAAGGAUGGCCGUCCUGUCUACAUCGAGAAGUUGGGCAAGAUUGACCUCAAUGCCAUGUACAAGAUCACCACCGGCGAGCGCAUGCUCCAGAACCUCGUGACCGAGUAUGAGAAGCUUGCCGACCCCCGUCUGCCCGCCUGCUCCCGCAAGGCCGGUAAGCUGCUCGAGACUUGCUGCACCAUCAUGGACCUGAAGGGCGUCGGUAUCACCAGCGUCCCCUCCGUCUACGGCUACGUCAAGCAGGCGUCUGCCAUCUCCCAGAACUACUACCCCGAGCGUCUGGGCAAGCUUUACCUGAUCAACGCCCCCUGGGGCUUCAGCAGCGUGUUCAGCGUGGUCAAGGGCUUCCUUGACCCGGUGACCGUGAACAAGAUCCACGUUCUCGGCUCCAACUACAAGAAGGAGCUGCUGGCUCAGGUUCCCGCUGAGAACCUCCCUGUUGAGUUCGGCGGUACCUGCCAGUGUGCCGGAGGCUGCGAGCUUAGCGACAUGGGCCCGUGGCAGGAGUCUGAGUGGGCCAAGACCCCCAAGUGGGCUGCCCCGAAGGAGGAGGCUGCUGCUGCUGAGGCUUCUACUGAGGCUGCUGCCGAGAAGGAGGCUGAGGCUCAGGCCACCGCAUAGAGGCUUUUGUGUCAUCCACCGGUUUUGUUUCUUUUUCGUUCUACAUCUUGGAUCAAUAUGGUAAAAGCUUCAGGCACUAUCUUGCCGAUCUAUAUCCCUUCUUUUGUUUCUAGAACUGUUUUGCUAGGGAGAGGCACUCCGCGGGUGCCUGUCCACUUUUCUUUUAUGUUUCAAGAUACGUGCUGGAAGGGUUGUUGAGAGUUGUUCUCGGGGAUUCCGCGGUCCUAUUAUUAUAUGUUUUGCUUUUGGUCGUGCUUGUUUUCCUUUCGCAGUCAGAUAUCAAACACCAUAUGAGCGGCGCGAGGUGCUUUUUAUAGAUUGGAGCCGGGGCAGGCAGUCAGUAAUAGGGGACAGAGGAUAAAAGUGUUACGUGGUCAGGAUGCUCUAGGUAGAACCAGGGUAUACACUCAUAUAGCGUUAAAGUGAACGUUGCAGAGCGUGUC